GCCUGUUAGUACAGAUGUGGAGCAGCAGCCUGUUAGUACAGAUGUGGAGCAGCAGCCUGUUAGUACAGAUGGAAUCAGCUCUGUCAUCGCUGCCGCUCUCUCGUUGGUAACCACCCACUUGAACCGGAACCUUUUCUCGGGGUUUGCAGCCUCCCCUGUCGGCCUCUCUCUCUCCGACAGCCCCGGCGGCCACAGCUCCCAUCACCCAUCACCCAUCACCGGCGUGCGCCCCCACGGCCGCGUCCUGGUUUGCGAUGCCGGGCUCCUUCUCGGCGGCGGCGGCGGCGUCGCUCCCGGUUGUAGUGACCACCUCCAUCCCCCCCCCGUGCGACAGCCCCCCCCUGCGUGCGCGGACACCGACGGUUGACAGGAGGCUCCAUGGGCGCUGCGACACGGACGCACCCGACGAGUGCGCGUGAUCCGCGGUGACCGGGGACUCGGUGUGUGGGUGGGGUUGGGGGGUUGUUUGGAUACCCGGUGUUCCUCGCUCCCAUCUCGGCGGAAGUGCACGGAGAGCGCGCGGCCUGCCUCCCGGGGGCCGGAGGGAUGGGGAGCACCACCUCAUGCUGCGUGUCCGCCAGCCCCAAGCUCCGCAGGAAUGCCCACUCCCGGCUGGAGUCGUACCACCAGGAGUCGGACCUGAGCCGCGAGGAGACGGGAUGCAACCUGCAGCACAUCAGCGACCGGGAGAACGUCGACGAGUUAAACAUGGAGUACAACCCGUCGGACCAUCCGCGGGCCAGCACCAUAUUCCUCAGCAAGUCCCAGAAUGACGAGGUGCCUGUCAGGAACGUGCACGAAAAGCGAAAGAGCCUCUUCAUCAGUAACCAUGGAACGUUGAGGCGGAAGUACAGCUCCUGCUCCACCAUCUUCCUGGACGACAACACCGUCAGCCAGCCCAACCUCAAAUACACAAUCAAAUGUGUAGCUCUGGCAAUUUACUACCAUAUAAAGAACAGGGACACAGAUGGAGGAAUGCAGCUGGACAUAUUCGAUGAAAAGCUUCACCCUCUCACAAAAUCGGAGUUGCCGCCCGACUACGACCAACAAGACCCGGAGCAGCGGCACAUCUACCGCUUCGUCAGGACGCUGUUCAGCUCCGCCCAGCUCACCGCCGAGUGCGCCAUCGUCACACUGGUUUACCUGGAGAGGCUCCUGACGUACGCAGAGCUCGACAUCGGCCCGGGGAACUGGAAGAGGAUUGUUCUGGGCGCCAUCCUGCUGGCGUCCAAGGUCUGGGACGACCAGGCCGUCUGGAACGUGGACUACUGCCAGAUCCUCAAGGACAUCACUGUGGAGGACAUGAACGAGUUGGAGCGACAGUUUCUGGAGCUGCUGCAGUUCAACAUCAACGUGCCGUCCAGUGUCUACGCCAAGUAUUACUUUGACCUGCGGUCGCUCGCCGAGUCCAACAACCUCAGCUUCCCCCUGGAGCCGCUCGGCCGGGACAAGGCCCACAAACUGGAGGCUAUGUCCCGACUCGUCGACGACCGGUACAACGACGUGCGGAGAAAGGCCAGGAAGCGCUCGGCCAGCGUGGACAAUCUCUGUGGGAUCCGAUGGGUUCCGGCGAUUCUCUCCUAACCACUAAUCAACUGCCAUUUACCACAGACGCUCACCGGGUGGAAAACGUUACAGACACAGGUUGAUGGGGAAAGAGAGACGAAGUGGAAGUGGAACAGUGUCUGAACCUGGAAUCAGCCUCUGGGCCGCACGUCCUCAGACGGUGGCCCACGUCUGUACUCGUGGCCGACGUGGUGAACUCCGGAGAGACUCCGACGCCUUCACAGUGCCUCAGCUCAGCAGCGACAGAGAGAAGGAAGUUCCCGGUUUGUUCCACCGCCGGUGACUUCUCCUGACGGCAGAGUGAACCUGCCUUAAUGCAAAGACUUCAACGACCUGCCUUUCAGACGUUAUUUAUUUCAACCCCGGUGUUUUUUUUCGACUUUUCAGCCGCUGCAGUCGUCUGAUCCCCUAACAUUUCAAAAACUUUUUGGAAUUUGUACCCGACUAUUUAUUUUUCCUUUGACAAGUCUUAGAGUAAUAAAAGUGUUAGCAAGUU